AGCCCUGCUCAGCUCCUGGUGUUGCUUUUCCCUCCCAGCGGUCAGUGGGCAACCGGUACUGUGGAUCCAACACUAUGAGGGUCUAGAGGCACCUAGCCUACCACGGUCUUUCCCUGAGUGGCCAGGCUGUGGGAGGAUGGGGCAGGACCAAACAAAGCAACAGAUCGAAAAAGGACUACAGCUAUACCAGUCCAACCAGACAGAGAAGGCACUGCAGGUGUGGAUGAAAGUGCUGGAGAAGGGCUCCGACCUCGUGGGCCGCUUCCGAGUGCUAGGAUGCCUGGUCACGGCUCAUUCAGAGAUGGGCCGCUACAAAGAGAUGCUGAAGUUUGCUGUGGUCCAGAUUGACACUGCACGGGAGCUGGAGGAUGCCGACUUCCUGCUUGAAAGCUACCUGAACCUGGCACGCAGCAAUGAGAAACUGUGUGAAUUCCACAAAACCAUCUCCUACUGCAAGACCUGCCUUGGCCUGCCUGGCACCCGGGCUGGUGCCCAGCUUGGGGGCCAGGUCAGCCUGAGCAUGGGCAAUGCUUUCCUGGGCCUUAGCCUCUUCCAGAAGGCCCUAGAGAGCUUUGAGAAGGCCCUGCGCUAUGCCCACAACAAUGAUGACACCAUGCUGGAGUGCCGAGUCUGCUGCAGCCUGGGCAGCUUUUACGCCCAGGUCAAGGACUAUGAGAAAGCCCUGUUCUUUCCCUGCAAGGCUGCAGAGCUUGUCAACGACUAUGGCAAAGGCUGGAGCCUCAAGUAUCGGGCCAUGAGCCAAUACCACAUGGCUGUGGCCUACCGCCUGCUAGGCCACCUGGGCAGCGCCAUGGAGUGUUGUGAGGAGUCCAUGAAGAUUGCCCUGCAGCAUGGUGACCGGCCACUGCAGGCACUCUGUCUGCUCUGCUUUGCUGAUAUCCACCGAAGCCGUGGGGACCUGGAGACAGCCUUCCCUAGGUAUGACUCUGCUAUGAGCAUCAUGACAGAGAUUGGAAACCGCCUGGGGCAGGUACAUGUGCUGCUGGGUGUGGCCAAGUGCUGGAUGGCCAGGAAGAUGAUGGACAAGGCUUUGGAUGCUAUUGAGAAAGCUCAGGACCUGGCUGAAGAAGUUGGAAAUAAGCUGAGCCAACUCAAGCUGCACUGCCUGAGUGAGGGCAUCUACCGCAGCAAAGGGCUGCAGCGUGAGCUGCGCACGCACGUAGUGAGGUUCCACGAGUGCGUGGAGGAGACUGAACUCUACUGCGGCCUAUGUGGUGAGUCCAUCGGGGAGAAGAACAGCCGGCUGCAGGCCCUGCCCUGCUCCCACAUCUUUCAUCUCAGAUGCCUGCAGAACAACGGCACUCGGAGUUGUCCCAACUGCCGCCGCUCCUCCAUGAAGCCAGGCUUUGUGUGACUUCAGGGGCCAUCUUGGGCUUUUCCACCACCUCCCUUGGCUCCUUCUCCAGCAUCAAGCUGGAAGCCCUAGCGAAAUCCUAGGGUAGCUG